GCGAAUAUAUCCGACGUGCGAGUGGGUGCGACUCGAUAACUCGUGCGCAAAUUUGCUUCUCCGGUUAGACACCGCGGAUCCACUCGGGUGGAUCGCGAUGCAAGUGAGAGCGAAUACGCCGAUGACGCUAGAAACGAAGCUGAGGAAGGGUUACGUCAAGGGUAUUGCUGCAACAUCGUCAGUGAGAAUACCAGCAGAGGCCCCGCCAAACGAGGCAGCUAUCAUCAACGACUCCAAAGAUCAGCGAAAUGAAGCCAAAGUCUCGAUCAACGAUUGUGAGGGAUCCCGAUAUCAUUUUUGCAGUGUACAUCCGUCGGCUGACAUUGGGACAGCUCUGGCUUGUCCUGGAAGCGGUGCAAUCGAGCUAACGAGGGUAUCGAGAGGUGGGAGGAGAAGAAAACAGAAGUCAUCCCCUGGACUACAUCACGAAUUAUCACGUUACGCUGCCACACGCGGCAUGUCGCUCGUUCGUAAAGCUUUACCACUGGCAUGUGUUGCGACGUUACGAAAACAGAUGGAGUCGCUUCUUGUUGAGUUGCCGCAUAAUUCUGUGUCACACUGGAUCAAGCAGUUCGUGAGGCGCCCUCAAUUGCGGCAGCGACAACUUUUGAUAGCUGAGGUUGCAGAGCGGCUAUACAAACCUGCUCGUCUCCCUGUACGCUACCUCGGUGGGUCGCAUUUCAUUUCGAGGGAAAAAGGAAAAACGGACAUGCUCGUAGGUACCGCGAAGAUAAUACACAAGUGCGGCAUUUUCCGGGACACAACCGGCCGUGACCGAAAGAUGUUUGUGAAAUUAGGCUGCCAAGUCCGACCACAUGCGGGUCGAUGGGAGCUGUUUUCCUUCGACGAAGAUGAUGAGUUUGACUUUCUAAAUGUCAUGGUCCGCGGCUGCGCAACGGAGAAGACAGAAGACCAUGCUGGUGUGGCAGACGGAGGCGCAUCGAAGGACUUCGCUGAGGAUGGCAAUCUUUCAGCUUCUGAGAGUAGUAAACGCAAAACAUCAUCGUCAUUAUCACCAUCAACUGUGGCAAGAGCCGACGACGCCUGUGGCAGGGAAAAAGACCGACAGCAGGCGGAGACUGCUGGAGGCCACACAAAGCGCGUCGAUCGUAGUGGAGAACACGUCGUAGGCUGCUUCCUGUUUCCGAAGUCCUACCUGCAGCAUCGCGGCCUAUUGUCCAAGAACCAUUGUGGCGGAAGUGUGUCGCUGACAUUGUACCCUCCCGGAAGCUCUGCACCGGCAAUGCGUCAUACAGGAACCGAUGUUGAACAACGCCAGUACUACUUCGAUCUUUCAUCUGUUGCGGUCCCCUCCAGUGCAACAUCUACCGACGCAAAAUUGCGCAGAAAAGAUGUAUCUGUCGAUAAAACCAGAGAUCUAGUAUCAUCGAGGCUCGUGGCACUUCUCUCUCAAACAGGAAAGGGACAGGCAACGUCUACCCCGGGAAUGGAGCAAUCGGGUAACGAAAUUGAUUCGUUGCCGCAACAAAUGCAACGGGAGGUGAACAGAUGAAAAUUCGUGUGACGGUCUUCAAUUUGCACAGAACACUUCUGGCUGCACCUGCAGCUCAUCCUCAUCAGACAAAAUAUGUUUCCAUUACGAUAAUUUGUGAUGAAUCCGAGAAGCAAUCUUAUUUUGAGAUCUACAGAAGAUGCAUGGUUGAAUGUAUCCGCGUUUCAAGAAGGACGACCCUCCUAUCUAUAGGCUUGUUUUAGCGCCGUCGGUAAGCGCUACUCCUCGUACUUGUACAGCAUGGGCAUACUCCUUGAUGAUUUAAAAGUUGCACAACCACUGUAACCACUCAAAGCUGAAAGAAAAGAGCAUAUCGCGCUGGUGUUGACAGG